AUGCACGUCAAGGCCUUGUGCACCCUCGUGACCUCCGCGGUCUUCUUCGAGUUGGCACUCGCAAAAGACUCGCGUACCUUUGCCGUGAACCAUUUCUACGGCAAUGGUCCCCUGACAAUGGGCCGUAUGGAUCCGAUCAUGAACCCCGGAGAGGCGGCUUCACACUCGCACGCCAUCCAGGGAGGAAGCAAUUUCAACCUCACCAUGACAGACGAUGCCCUGCUGGACUCCAACUGCACCUCAUCCCUCGUCGAUGCCGACAAGAGCAACUACUGGACUCCAUCGCUAUACUUCCAAGCCGAUAAUGGUAGCUUCCUCUCGGUCCCAAUGUUCUACAUGAAUGUCUACUACUUCUUCGAGCCAACCGACGACGAGAUCAAAGCUUUCCCUGUCGGUCUGCGCAUGUUCAUCGGUAACAGCUCCCUACGUACACCACCCCCAGGCGGUGCCGCCAAUGUCCUCGACACGAACCAGGGAACUAUCCAACCUGUCCAGUUCACAUGCCCCCGCUCUUCUUAUGAUGUGCCUUCCUACCCACCGGAUUCGGAUGGACUCCACGGUGUCGGUAUUCAAGAUCCAAACAAUGCUGGUGCUGGCGCUGGCUUCCCGGAUAUGAACUGUGAUGGCUAUGCGUCGCCCCUGCGUGCCGAUAUUCAUUUCCCCUCGUGCUACAAUCCUGAGGCUGGGCUUGAUGACUACAAGACAAACAUGGUCUUCCCUAGUAGCAAGGGUACCACUGGUGGCAAGGCGAACUGUCCACCUGGUUGGAUCCACGUUCCCCAUAUCUUCUACGAGGUGUAUUGGAACACACCGCUGUUUGCCGAUAUGUGGACCCAGGGUACUGGCUCGCAGCCUUUCAUUCUCAGUAACGGUGAUCGGACGGGGUAUUCGCUUCAUGGUGACUUUAUCGCUGGCUGGGAUGAAUCGGUCUUGCAGAAGAUUAUUGAUAACUGUGAUGCUGGGGAUUCUGGAAUGGACAAGUGUGCUGAUGCUGGUUUCAUCAAUGACGCCUCAACUACAUGCAACAUUCCCAACCUAGUCCCCGAGCAGAUCGCUGGUGUUCUUGAGAAAUUGCCCGGCAAUAACCCGCCUACUGGAUGGGGCCAGGGUGCUGAGGCCGCUACCCAAAACGCCGCUGCUACUCAAGAGACCACUUCUACCCAGGAGGCAACCGCUACUCAAGAGACCACUGCUCCUCAAGAGGCUGUCGCUACGCAAGAGACCACUGCUACUCAAGAGGCCGCCUCUACUCAAGAGACCACUGCUCCUCAAGAGGCUGUCGCUACACAAUACACCACCACUACUCAAGAGGCCGUCGCUACGCAAGAGACCACCACUACGCAAUACGUCACUACUACUCAAGAGGCUGCUACGCAGGAGACCACCGCUACUCAAGAUAUCGAGAGACACAUUCAUGAGCACUGGCGCCAGCACUUGCAUGAGCACUUGCAUGGAUACCAUGCUUAA